AUGACUCACCACAAGCCAAAGGUGCUGUACAUACCCUCCGUUCAGAACAUCCAUGAUGAAACCGCCUGGAGAACCUUGAACGAAAAAUUUGAGGUCAUUACCUACAACUGCGAAUCAGAGGAAGAGUACAUUGCCGAGGUGCGGAAGCCAGACGGGAAGUUCGCUGGUAUAGAGGCCAUCUGUCGCUCUUCCUGGCUGAAGGGCCAGCCGUACGUGCACCACUACCUAUUCAGAGGCGAGCCGGUCAAGGCAUUGCCCGACACGGUCAAGAUUAUUGUUCAGUCAGGACAUGGCUACGACAUAGUUGACGUCGACUACUUGACUAAAAAAGGCGUGCUUUUCUGCAACUCUCCAGACUGUUGCACCAUCGCGACUGCAGAUGUUGGGGUUGCCCUUGUUCUUCAGUCGUUUCGCUACCUUACGUACGCGGAACACUGUGUUCGGACCGGCAAAUACUACGACUCUGCACCGCUAGCUCUGUGGGGUGAAAAUCCGGCUGGAAAAACGCUGGGAAUUAUUGGACUCGGAAAUAUAGGGUUCCGUGUGGCAGUGGCUUGCAAGGCAUUGGGGAUGGAGGUGGCAUACCAUAACAGAACACCAAAACCGGAGUACGAGGAAAAAAUAGAAAAUCUGAGCUACUUUGAAAAUCUGAACGACAUGCUCGCCGUUACCGACUGUGUGUUUGUUGCUUGUCCACACACGUCCGCCACGCACCAUUUGAUAAACGGGGAUAGAUUCAAGCACAUGAAGGAUCGUGUUCGGCUGGUCAAUAUAGCCAGGGGACCGAUAGUUGAGGAAGCAGCGGUUAUCGAUGCUCUUGAACGGGGCCAGCUCGUAGGAGCAGGUUUUGAUGUUCACGAGUUUGAGCCUAAAAUUCACCCAAAGCUCCUAGAAAACUAUAAAGUGACACUGCUUCCGCAUGUGGGGGUGACCUCAAUCGACAGUUUUAAGGCAUUCGAGAGAAAGUGCGUUGCCAAUCUGGUUGAGUAUUUCUACGGCAGUGGAAAGCCUGCGUCUGUUAACAAGGUCGGCAGUGAGCAGAUUUGUAGAGGAGAUAUAAAGUGCUAG